GCCUCACCUAAUAAUCUCUCCCACUGUAUAGGUAACUAUACCUAUCCACUGUGUACGCCGCACUUCCUUUCAACAAAGGACUCUGCGCAGUCUGAAGAUGCUGCACGGAAUACGCAACAUUCACACUGCGCACUGUUGCGCUACCAUUCACUCAGCGCCAUGAAUCUGUCCUUAGUUGAUCCCUUCGUCCUUGCCCAGGAUUGUCCUGAAGUUAUAACUGGACGCCUACGCAGCGGCCAUUCUACGUCUAUACGUUUCAGUCAUCGAGGCGAUUUGCUUGCAUCAGGUAGACAUGAUGGAAUUGUCGUCAUAUUCGACAUCGAAACCAACGGUGUAGCGCGCAAGCUACGCGGUCACACACGGCAGAUACAGUCAUUAAGUUGGUCAACCAAUGAUCGUUACCUGUUGAGUGCAGGGCAAGAUUGGAAGGCUGUGCUCUGGGACUUGCAGGAUGGCUCACGCUUGCGUACUGUCCGCUUCGAAUCUGCCAUUUUCAUUGCAGAGAUACAUCCAAAGAACCAUAACCUAUUUGUCGCAGCCCUUUAUGAAGACCAACCCGUCCUCGUCGAUAUCUCCGAACCGAUUCCCGUGAAGCAUUCGCUUUCCUCUGCACCCCGCAGACUUCAAUCCGAACGCGACAAUGCGACCGAAAAACAAGCUGCCCAGGACGCGAAGCAAACUACCACAGUGACCGUAUUCACGCCUUCCGGAGAACAUAUCUUAGCAGGAACGAAUAAGGGCUGGCUCAAUAUUAUCAGCGCAAAGACACACCAAAUACUAUACUCCCUGCGUCUCACAAACAACAUCAUCGUAUUCGUGCGGUUGACUUUAUCGGGGAGGGAUGUCGUUAUAAAUUCCAGCGAUCGCAUUGUUCGGACGAUACAUCUGCCAGAGUUGACGGAUCCCAAGCUUGACUUCGACACUCUCCAGCUUGAAGUGGAGCACAAGUUUCAAGAUCUGGUACAGAGACUUUCAUGGAAUCACGUCUCAUUCAGCCCCUCUGGAGAAUACGUCACUGCAUCUACCUGGAUGAACCAUCACAUAUACGUUUGGGAGCGUGGGCAAGGCAGUCUAGUGAAGAUCCUGGAAGGGACAAAAGAGGAGUUGUCGGCUGUGGAGUGGCAUCCUUUCCGGCCUUUUGUAGCGGCCGUUGGCGUGGACUCCGGCAGAAUUUGGCUAUGGUCAAUUCUACAGCCCCAGCGGUGGUCGGCCCUUGCACCCGAUUUCGUUGAGGUAGAAGAGAAUCACGAAUACAUAGAACACGAGGACGAGUUCGACAUUCAACCGCUUGAAGAAAUCCACAAACGCCGGCUUGAUCAAGAAGAUGAGGAGGUGGAUGUGCUUACUAUUGAGCCUCAGAAAACGCCAAUGACGUUUGAGGCAGAUGAUCUGGGUUUCAGGAUGCCCGUUUUGCUGGACAUAGAGGCCAGCGAUAGCGAGGAUGAAGUUGUCGCCAUUGGUGCCGGUCAAUUCAGAAGGAAAAGCCCUGGUACGGGUCGAGAAUGGAUGAACGACGACGAGGGGGCCGAAGUCGCAAGCAAUGGAACAAGCGCUACACAGAACGGUACCAAGCGAAGGAGAGCUGGCUAAACAACCAAUGGGGUAAUGCAUACGCUGCUUUACACUUGCGGCAAGUCAAUUGUAUUGAAUAUGACAUGACCAACUCGAUGGUUUACUCACCAAACUCUCUAAAUCCAAUGUGAAUGAAUAAGUGAAGUCUCCGG